AGAGAGAGACUUGGAAACCCAAAUGGUCGGAGACAUAGAGAAGAUGAUUGCGGUGGGGCUAGUCUGGGGAGCCACCAACGCCAUAAUGCGACGUGGCGCUAUUCUAUGGGACCAAGCCCUCAAGUCCUCCUCAACCCAGCCGCAGCCGAACACGCCCCUCCACUGCAACAAGCUCCUCACUUCCCUGAAAAGCUGGCUGAAGCUUCUCUCAAUCUGGCAGUACACGAUCCCCUUCGCCGUGAACCUCUCCACCUCCGCCACCUUCUUCGCCAUCCUCAGCCACACCCCCAUCUCCCUCGCCGUCCCCGUCACCAAUGCCACCACGUUCGCCGCCACCGCCGUUUUCGGGUUGCUGCUUGGGGAACAGACCCAUCUGGGUUUGGCUUUGUUGGCUGGCCUAACUUAGCACUGCUCAGCUGUUUGUGUAUGGGGGAUGUCCACCAGUUUGCAGGGGUAGCGGCGGCGCAUUGAGUGAUGCUGCUUGGUCCAUCCCACUUGCAAGCCCUGGCCCUGAAGUUGCGCA